UUUCGUCGUUGUGGCUGUUGCUGUGGCGCGCUUCCAUGGCCACUACCUUCCUCAGCUGCUGCCCGUUCGUUCGCCACCACUCUCAUUUUCGCAAGUCCUCCUCCUUUUGCUGCUCCAACGAUGCCGAGGCUUCAUCGACGUCGUCACUACCGAAAUCAACUAGGUGCUCUUACACCCGUCGAUGGUACAACCCCUCCAUCCGAAGGAAAUUGAACGAAGGUGUUGAAAUUGUGCGCCAUUGGAUUGAGGCGGAUCAACCUUCCACUUCUGAAGAAAAAUUUAGUGUAGUGUCAUACAACAUAUUGGCGGAAAGAAAUGCAUGGAAACACAGGGGUUUAUACACCAACGUUCCUUUACCGUAUUUGAAAUGGAACCACCGUAAGAGAGUUAUAUGCGAGGAACUUCUUAUGUGGAACCCCGAUAUAAUCUGCUUGCAGGAAGUGGACAAGUUUUUUGAUGUUUCAGAAAUCAUGGAGAAAGCAGGCUAUGUUGGAUCAUACACGAGACGCACUGGAGAUGUUAUUGAUGGAUGUGCUAUAUUCUGGAAAGCUCACAAGUUUCGACUGAUAGAUGAAGAGAGCAUCGAAUUCAAGAGGUUCAAUCUUCGUGACAAUGUUGCUCAACUUUCUGUGCUGGAGAUGUCCAAAGUUAAAUCAAGAAAAUUAAUGAUUGGUAACAUCCACGUGCUUUACAACCCAAGCAGGGGGGAUGUCAAAUUAGGUCAAAUUCGUUAUCUGUUGUCGAGGGCAGAGAUUCUUUCAGAGAAAUGGAGCAAUCUUCCUUUUGUUCUUGCUGGUGAUUUCAAUAGUACUCCAGAGAGUGCAAUAUACAAGUUCUUAUCAUCAUCCGAGCUAAACUUCAUGUCCUAUGACCGAAGAGAGUUAUCCGGGCAAUCAGGAUGCCAUCCUGCUGAAGUUCUGGGUGUAAAAAAGGAAUCCUGGAGACCUUUUUCCUGCUUGGGAAGUCAAACAAAAGGUUUCUGGACUGAAGAAGAGGUGAAAGCUGCUGCUGGAAGUGCCGACUCCCAAGUGGUGGGGAAUCCCUUUAGGCUUACCAGCUCCUAUGCUACACUGAAGGGUCCUACUACAACACGAGGAGCCACUGGAGAACCAUUGGCUACUUCCUACCCCUCCAAGUUUCUUGGAACUGUGGAUUAUAUUUGGUACUCUGAUGGUCUUAUUCCUACACGGGUUGUUGAUACCGUUCCCAUUGAUAUUCUUCUGAGAACAGGCGGCCUUCCAUGCGAGAAGGUGGGCAGCGAUCAUUUACCCUUGGUUUCUGAAAUUGCCUUCACAAAAACAUCAGGAUGAAAGCAAUACCAAUAGCCAAUAACUACAUGUAAGUGAGGGUUCAGACUAAAAAGCAAAAUAGGUAUCAAAGUAAGUGCAAAGAAUUGGUGGACUGCCUUAAUACAUAUAUAUGAACUCUGCUCAUUUGUGUUUAGAUAGAGAAUUGGAAAUAAUACAUGCAGGUAUUCUUUGUAAACUAUAGGUGAAGCAGAUAUAGAUCAUUAUAUUCAACAGC